GGGAAGGGUCGGUCGUUCGCUGAUUCAAUGAGCAUUUCAACUUCAAAUUGUUUUCGUCUCUGUUACUCUCAUGUGUAGGCUACGUAAAACAAAUUUAGUGUUGAAAGAUGACGGACUCUGUUGCUUCAGAAUCCUACACUAACCCAGAUUCUACGAUGGGUUCCACAACAGUGAUGAACGGACGGACUUCUCCUCAGAGUCGCAACCUGCCCCGGUCGACUUCGGCUGAUAUGGAUGGAGACCACGAGAUGAAAGUUAGAGAGGGCGCAGAGGGUCAAGAUUUACUGGAGAGCAGCUUGAGACUGAAACCUUAUGAAGCUCAGAGGUACCGCAAGAGAGCAUUGUGGGUGUCGUGGAUUUCCAUCAUAGUUACACUCAUCCUGGCUGUUGCGGCCUUCACUGUUUCUAUUAUGAAAAACAGUGUGUCAGCCUUUGGAUUUGGUUUUGAUGCUACAUUAGAUGUACUGUCCUCAAUUAUUGUGUUGUGGCGCUAUAACAAUGCAGCAGCUGUGCACUCAGCCUACAGAGAAUACAUAGCAUGUUUGAUCUUGGGGGUUGUGUUCAUCCUGUCCUCCCUGUGCAUUCUGGGAAAGGCUAUCCAUGACCUGGUAACUCAGGUCUUGCCUGAAGUGGAUGACUUUCUUUUUAUUGUGUCCAUUGUGAGUGGGGUGGUGUGUCUCAUCCUGGCAGUGCUGAAGUUUCUACUGGGGAAGAUUCUCACCAGCAGAGCACUCAUCACUGAUGGAUUUAACUCCUUUGUCGGGGGAAUCAUGGGGUUCUCUAUACUAAUCAGUGCCGAGGUCUUCCGAUACUACGACAGCGUCUGGUUCCUGGAUGGCACCAUUGGAAUCCUCAUAGGACUCACCAUCCUCGCCUAUGGAAUCAAGCUACUGAUUGAUAUGGCUCCCAGGGUGAGGCAAACAGACAGCUAUGAGCGGUUCGAGUGAAUAAGUGCCUGCCAGGCAGCAGAAGAAUUAUGGUCUCGCUCGCUUGUGCCAUCCAUUUCAUCUUUUGGCCACACUAACUCUGCCUCUAACCAUCUCCCUCUCUCCCUCUGUGUCUCAUUUUGAUAGAACAAAAACCAUUGUUUGUUCAGGCACGUCAACGUCAAUUUGUUUUUUACUGGCCACUGACCAUCAUAGUCUCCUUGUAAGCUCUUUUUUUUAAGCUGGAGGAGAGGAGAUAGAAAGAGUGUCUGUUUCGCCUCUCUAACCAACAAAAUCUGCUGUUACUUUUUCUACUGUACAGCCAGUAGAUGGCGCUUGUUGGGCCAUCAACCACUACAACCUGUUCAGACUGUCCUCUGAAUAUUUAGUGUCUGCGUAAUGGUGAAAUCAGGGUUCUUGUGCAACUGAUACUGUAUGUGGACUCUGAGUUGCUUAACAGGUUUUUGUUGACCUUGAUUAAUGUUCAGCACUGAACAAUGUCAAAAUGACCCAAAACAUAUAUUGGCAUGCCACUAACAGCCCUUAAUCAUCAGGGGCCGUAUUCACAAAGAAUUUUAAGGCUAAAAGUAGCUCCUAAGUGGCGAAUUUAGGAGCAACUCCUAAA